AUGUCAACUUUAAUUUCAUCCCGAUUAUUAAAUGAUCCAAUAUUAAUAAACAAACGUUUAGAUCGUUGGAAACUACGUUUACAGAACUUGACCGAAAUACAAUUGCCUACAGAUUAUGCGCGACCAUCAACUCCAAAAGUUAUAGAAGAUAAAAAAAUUCUACGUCUUCCUGAAGCCACAGCAUUAGCUGUUUUACAAUUUUCACUGGCCGUUAAACCUGAUUCUUCUAUUUCACCAGUACAAACUUCAACGUUUACAACUUCAACCAAUGAAUCGUUUCAUGAACAACCAACUCCUUUUACGAUUCUUUUAGCGGCCUUUGUUGUGCUGUUAAAUCGGUAUACAAGUGAUGAAGAUAUUACGGUUGGAUCAUCUUCGGAUACUAGAAAUCCCCUCGUUUUAAGGAUAAAUAUUAAUCCUUCAGAUACAUUUGGUCAGGUUGUCCAAAAAGUUCAGCAAGUUGAUCGAGAAGCGACGGCAGAUGAAGUCCCUUUUCAUUUACUAAUUUCCUCAUUAUUCCCCGAAAAAGACCAAAGUCCAUUAUCGACUUCCGUCCAUUCACCUCUCUUUCGUGUUAGAUUCUUUAACCAAACCGACAUGCCUGAAAAUCCUUUACCACAAGCAAUCUCUUUAGCAACAGACCUUACCGUAUUAAUCGCAUCACAUUCAUCAUCGUCGCUUCGUCAUGCACUUCUUCCUGCCAUAGAAAUUCAAAUUUUAUAUAAUCAGCUCUUAUUCUCUGAAAAACGAAUUUCUCAUAUUCUAGAUCAACUUGUCGCAGUUUUAAACUAUGCUGUUUCACACAGUGAAACAUGUAUUGCUGAAAUCCCUAUGUUAACAGACAAAUGUUUAGAAGUGCUUCCUGACCCGAAGUCUGAUUUGAAAUGGUCGCAAUUUCAUGGCGCAAUAACUGACAUUUUUUCUGCAAAUGCCAAAAAGACCCCCAAUAACCGAUGUGUUGUAGUAUCCACUGGUGAUGUUUCUAAAAAACGCGUUUAUACUUACCAGUGUAUCGAUGAAGCAUCAAAUAUUGUUGCUCAUUAUUUAAUAAAUAAUGGAAUUGAAAGAGAAGAUGUAGUCAUGAUCUAUGCGUAUCGUGGUGUUGAUCUAGUGGUUGCUAUUAUGGGUGUUCUUAAAGCUGGUGCUACUUUUAGUGUUAUUGAUAAUCUUAAUUUAAAAUGUGAAAUUCCAGCACUUGAAAUCUUGAAUGAUGGGUUUCUUAAAGGUGGAAAUAUUGAUGAUCAUGGGGAUGCGGACAUAUUAGAUAUGGUUCGUGAUAAUGCGUCUAAGAAUGUUGGCGUAGUUAUUGGACCUGAUAGCAUUGGUACUUUGAGCUUUACUAGUGGAAGUACCGGAACCCCUAAAGGAAGACAUUUUUCGCUCACACAUUAUUAUCCGUGGAUGUCACGAGAAUUUGGGAUUUCAGAUAAAGAUCGAUUCACCAUGUUAAGUGGUAUCGCCCACGACCCAAUUCAGCGAGAUAAUUGUAACCGUCUUCAACAUUUAGCUCCAAAUGCCAGUAUCAUAAACAUGUAUGGUACAACUGAAACUCAACGUUCUGUUUCAUAUUUUCUAAUUCCACCAUUGUCUUCCGUUCCAACAUUCUUGGAAUCACAAAAAGAUAUUAUGCCAGCCGGUAAAGGUAUGCAAAAUGUACAAUUAUUGGUGGUUAAUAGACACAAUAAAAAUCUUUUAUGUGGCGUUGGAGAGAUUGGCGAAAUUUAUGUUCGGGCCGGUGGAUUAGCUGAAGGAUAUUUAAGGCUGGAUGAAGUUACGAAUGAAAAAUUUUUGAAGAAUUGGUUUAAUAAUAAUAAUGAAGAGUUAGAAAUGUCACAAAGUGAUGAUACGCAGGAAUGGAGACGUUUUUGGAAAGGAAAAAGGGAUAGGUUGUACAAAACCGGCGAUUUAGGAAGGUAUCGACCUAGUGGUGAUGUUGAAUGCGUUGGAAGGGUUGAUGAUCAAGUCAAAAUUCGUGGAUUCCGUAUUGAACUUGGAGAAAUCGACACACAUUUAUCACAACAUCCGCUUGUUAGGGAGAAUGUCACGUUAGUGAGGAGAGACAAGUAUGAAGAGCAAACUCUUGUUUGUUAUUUUGUACCUCUUCAAGGCGGCGACUUAAACGAGUUUCUAAGCUCUGCUGAUGAAAGUGAUGUUGAAGAAAUGAUGGUUGAAAAACGAAAAUAUAAUAGACUUAUAAAGCAAAUUAAAGAUUAUUUAAAGACGAAAGUGCCAUCUUAUAGUGUUCCAAGCGAUAAACAAGCAUUACCAUUCCCUGACACCGCAAAAUUCGUGUCAGCAUCUGUAACUGCAAAAAGUCAAAAGAUGUCACAAUCUGAACGAGCAGUUCAUGCGAUUUGGGCACAAUUACUUCCAAACCCACCAACCCCAUUUAUUCCGCUAGAUGAAAAUUUCUUUGAUUUAGGAGGACAUUCAAUAUUGGCUACAAGAUUAAUAUUUGAGUUAAGAAAAACCAGUGGUGUAAAUAUUCCACUUGGAUUAGUAUAUGAAAAACCUACUAUUCGUGAACAAGCUAAUGAAAUUGAUAUUGCUCUAAAAAGCGAACUUAAUAUAGUUGAUGAAAAUGUUGAAAUUCAACCAGCCAAUAAUUUAGUUUCCAAAUCGGUUAUUGGAAUGGAAAAGUCAGAAUUAAAUUAUGCCAAUGAUAUAGAAAUCUUAACGCCUAAAUAUUUAUUACAGGAAUACACACCGAUUCCAGAGAAUUAUCAAAGAAAAGUAUUUUUUGUCACAGGUGUAACGGGAUUUCUUGGUGCAUUUAUAUUAUCAGAUUUACUUAACAAUAAUCAAGAGUUUAAAAUAAUUGCACAUGUAAGAGCUGAAACUAAACAACUCGGAAUGGAAAGACUUAAAAAGAGUUGUAAGUCGCAUUUAGUGUGGCGCGAUGAAUGGGAAAGCGAAGGAAGAUUAGAAGUAGUAUGUGGUGAUUUGGAAAAGGAAAGAUUAGGAAUUGAAGAGGAGGAUUGGAAAUCUUUUUCUACAUCCGUGUUAGAUACAGAACACUAUGUUUCAUUAAGUGGUUUAAUCAUUGAAAAAAAUGAGGGUGAAGGAAUUAGUGAAGACGAUGAUUUAGAAGGCAGUAGAUUUGGACUAAAAAGUGGAUAUGGACAAAGUAAAUGGGUUGCGGAGAAGUUGAUUAUGGAAGCUAAGAAAAGAGGAUUGAAUGCUUGUAUUGUAAGACCGGGAUAUAUUGUUGGGGAUAGCAAGACUGGUGCUUCCGACCGUGGUAUUUUCCACAUAACACAUCCAAACAAUCCGUCAUUUAGAUUUAAUGAUCUGUUCAAUUCAUUGAUUCUCUACGGUUACAAUGUUACAAAAACAGAAUAUAUAAUUUGGAGAAAUAAACUAAUGGAGUUUACAUUACAACAACAAGAUAAUGCUUUAUAUCCUUUGCUUCAUUUUGUAUUGGAUGAUUUGCCGACCAGUACUAAGGCACCAGAAUUAGAUGAUAGAAAUACUAGAGAGAUUGUUGAUCAGGAAUGCAUGGUGAUUGAUGAGAAGCUUAUAGGAAUUUAUUUGGGGUAUUUAGUUAAAGUUGAAUUUUUAGAUAAACCCGUUCGAAAUGAUAAAGACAAAGCUGGUGAUUUGGAAGGUAGGAUUUUGGACUUACCGGACAUUACGGCUUUCGAAG